AAUAAUAAUAAUUGUGUAGACUAUCAUAGAAUUUCAUUGACGGAAAUAAGGCAUUCAUUAUAGAACACUUACGGAAAAUUUAACUCGAGCUUUUAUUUUUAUCUUCAUUGUACCGGACUUUCCUUAAGUCAUUUAACGCUCCUACAGUAUUGAAAUUAUAUUCUAAUCUAACAAUAAGUAUGUUGAGUAUGGCUGAACUAGGCAGACUAGACAGACACUAGACUACAAAAUAAAAACGCAUCUGUACAUACGUACAGUACACUGACGCUGAUCAAAUACUACUUUCCCUAUCUGUGGAACUUAAACGUUCGCUUCUUCAUACUUCACGUAUCUAUACGUAUAAAUAGUACGACGCCUGCAUACAUAUGGGCACGUGUCCGGCGAUGGACAUCGGUAGGUUUGCAUGAACGGCGCGAUGGUGAUUUCCCGUCUUCUCGAUAGGAAAAUCCACGCAAAGUAUGCGCAAAUACACGUGGAACGGAGGACGCAGAGCCCAAUGAGUGUACGCGGAGAUGUUAAUAUCACGGCGAUACGUCAUCGAUGCAUAAUAUUUGCCUUGCGUUUAUUGGAAAUAGAAUGGCUCGUAGAAACCGAGUGGAUUUUCCCUAUAGGGGAAGAACGAUUACAAGAGGAAAUAACGCGAAACCGUUGACUCGUCCCGCAUCCCGAGCGUACGUGUUCGCGCGUCGUCUCAUAGUCCCGUGGAUCGUGGGCACGCGUCUGCUGGGAAAAGUGAGAGAACGGUCCGCGGUUGGGGUAUGCGCGACCUCCAACAAUUAUGUAUAAUACGUAAUGCGAGUCCUGCGUGUAGAGGAGCGAACGGCGCGAGAUCGGUUCAGUCUUUCUUAAAACAUCGUCCGCUUUGGACGGUCCCAGGCCGGAAUCGGUAGACGGGCGUGUAACCGGUUGAAACGAUCGAGGCAUCCCCAGUAACUCGGGCUUGCGCGAUCUUACUUUCUCGUAGUUACGAUUCUGACGAAAUCGUGUCGCGAUAUUGUCAUGUGCUUAGAUCGAAGAUGAAUCGUCGAGGAGCGAUUUUGUUUCCGACGGUAUUCGUUCUGCUGCUCGCCGUUCGUUUGUCUAAACAGGGAACGGUAAUAACGGCCCACCGUGACGUGCCUGUCGUGGACACCGACGCGGAGCUGACUGCGGACGAAUUCGAUCCGGCGACACAUCCUUGUCGGCGAAAUUGUGAAAACGAUGCGCCGCCGAUGGAAUGUCAUUACACUUUUACGUUGGAGGAUUACCAUACGAUGAGCAAAGCGUGUUACGAUUGCCCGUACAAUCUGACGGACUGCGAGCGUCCACACUGUAUUCCCGCGAAUGGCUUCUCGAGAUCGAUUCUGGCGGUCAACCGGCAAAUGCCCGGGCCGUCCAUCCAAGUCUGCCAAGGGGACAGAGUGAUCGUCGACGUGAUAAAUCUGUUGUAUACGGAGAGUACGACGAUACACUGGCACGGACAACAUCACGUCCAAACGCCGUACAUGGACGGGGUACCUUACGUGUCGCAAUGUCCGAUUUCCCCUGGUUCUACUUUUCGGUACGAUUACCUCGCCACGGAGGCCGGCACUCAUUUCUGGCAUUCCCAUUCCGGGUUCCAACGAGGCGACGGUGUCUACGGCGCGCUGAUCGUACGUUCGCCUCCGAGAUCGAAUUGGCACGAUGGCUUGUACGACUUCGACGAGCAUAACGUCCUGAUCACGGAUUGGACUCAUCGGCUUGGAAUAGACAAAUUUUUAAAUCAUCACCACGCCGGCGGAGACAACAAACCACCGAGCAUACUGAUCAACGGUCUGGGUCGUUAUCACAGCGAUGAGAGCAACGUGUCCGCGAUCAUGCCCAUCGCUACGUUCACAGUUAAACCGGUAAGCCGUCGCGCGUUACACCUACCACGCAGUUAUUCGUUGCGACGCGGAAAUCCAUCCGAUUCGUACGAUAAAAUAAUAGUUGAAAUGCAUUCCCUUGAACAGAACGCGAGAUACAGAUUCAGGCUGAUCAACGCGGAGUUCCUUAAUUGCCCGAUCGAAUUGUCGAUCGAUAAUCAUACCAUGCUAGUGAUCAGCUCGGACGGACGCGACAUCGAACCCGUCGAAGCCGAUUCUUUGGUGUCCUACGCUGGCGAAAGAUUCGAUUUUGUGAUCGAGACGAAUGGGACGGUAGAUAAUUAUUGGAUGCGAUUUCGCGGGCUGAUGGACUGCGACGAGAGAUUCACGAAGGCCUACCAAGUAGCUGUGCUGCGAUACGAAGGUGCCGUUGAACGAGACCCGAACGGUACGGUCACGUACGAACCGGAGUCGAAUAAUUCUAACAGGCGGCGAGUGAACGCUUUGAACGAGGGUACAGAGACGAACGCGAGCAUCAGCAUACCGUUGUUAAAAUCUAUGGACGAAAACGACGAGUCGAAUAGGCAAUCGCAACCGGAUUAUCAGUUUUACGUGUCUUACGACUUUUAUAAGAAGGAUAAUCCCCAUUUCCAUCGUAAGAAUCUUUAUGGAUUCUAUCAAGUGAACGAAUCGAAACGAGUGCUCACUCCUCAGUUGAAUCACAUUUCAAUGAAACUGCCACCCGUGGCCUUGUUGCCUCAGAGGGAUUUCGUCGAUUCGGAUCGAUUUUGCAACGCGAGCAGCGUGCGAACACAAGACUGCGAACGAGAUUACUGUACCUGCACUCACGUGCUCCGAGUAAAACUCGACAGCGUGGUGGAAAUCGUUCUGGUAGACGAAGGUUUCGCAUACGACGCGAAUCAUCCGUUCCAUCUGCACGGUUAUCAGUUUCGCGUGAUUGCAAUGGAGAGAGUCGGUAAAAAUAUUACCGUAUCGAGGGUAAAGGAGUUGGACGAAACGGGGGCGAUACGGAGGAACCUUGACCGCGCUCCGUUAAAAGACACGGUAACGGUGCCUGACGGCGGUUACACUAUUCUACGGUUUCACGCCAAUAAUCCAGGUUACUGGCUGUUCCAUUGUCACAUCGAAUUCCACGCGGAGGUCGGCAUGUCGUUGAUUUUUAAAGUCGGCGAAAACGAAGACAUGUUACCAGUGCCGCAAAAUUUUCCUACGUGCGGUAAUUGGCAACCCGAGGAGUCGUCGCAUAUCGAGCAAAGCAAGAACGUCAGCUGGAUAUCGACGAUCCAAGAAAAAGGAAUGGAGAAAAGCACGAACGAUACAAAGGACGAAAUCAGCGAAAACAGUGUGGAGCAAUUCGUAAGAUUGUUACCGGAAAUUUUGAAGACGUUCAAAAUCUCAGGGUGGAACAGUAGCAGCAGCACAUGGAACAGCGUCCCAUACUUUCUGCUUUCGUUUUGCUGUUUGUUGUGCGUGGUUAACGAAUUCGUGUGAAAUUUAUUUUCUUACGCUCGUUUUGUACGUGAACUAUGUAUUACCUACGCGUAUGCCUACUGUAUGAUUAAUACGAUUAAGAUACGCGGACAUUCAUCUAUUUAUGUGUAUUGUACAUACUAUCGCAAUGAAAUUCACACUAUGUACUAUGUAUACGUAUAGUAUACAUAUGGCAAUGAUGCGCGACCGUGACUCUACCGAAUGAAAAUAAGUACACAUAUGUAGGAUUGCUUUAUCUUAUGUAAAUAUCAGUUUUUCUACGGGAAAUAUCGAAUUUGUUUAGUGGGAUCCGUAAUUCAUCAAGAUUCGAGGCAACGAAAACUUGAUAAUAAUAAUCUACCUCGGUACGCGCGCACGGAUGUUACGACUGUAUGGUAAUUGACAUCCGCGUGCUUUAAUGCAGGAUUUGCGCUAUUCGCAGCAGGAUCGAUCUGUACCAGUUCCGUUAGUCAUCUUGCCAAUCAUUGCCGUAAUCUUUAUUCCAUACCAUCAUUACUAUUUUAUAAUCUUUAUUCUAUAUUAUUAUUUUAUUACUACGGCACAGAUUUUGCUGGCUUCUGACGUCUCAGUAAAAUACGUAGCCGGUACGGUUGGUCCUGAUAUGGAUAGUGCUGAUCCACCUUAGUUCGUGCGUUAUCUGUAAUGUAAAUAAGUCACGAUACGCGAGGAAUAUCGGGAACAAGAAAACGAACGAUUCCCUUUCGUGCUUCGUUCCCACGUACGUAUCUACAGAUGUAUGUACGUAGUUACAUAACAAGUGUAUAUACUUACUGAAGUGCAAUAAGAGGAAACGUUGAGUUUAAACGUCGAAUUGUUUAUUCUCGAAUGGAAUCACUGUGUGAUCUGAAUGUGUGCAAAUCGUUAAACGAAUCGAUUUUUAUCGGAGUCUUUUAAAAAAGAAGAGAACGAAGGUUGGCGAAUGAUUGCAGUCGUGGCCACCACCGUUUUCGUUUAUCGAAUUAUUUUUUAUUUCCUUCUAAUAGUUCGACAUAUGUAUAUUUUCAAGAAACGUUUGUACAUACUGCGAUGUAUAAUAAUACUAUUCGUUUAUUUCUGAUGCGCGUACAGGGUAACUAACAAUUUAUUGAUGGAUGAACUUUAUUUAACGUAAUCGUACAUAUUAUUCGAUACAAGAGUAUGGAAAUAUCUUUGUAGAAGUGCGAGCCAAGUCUGUUUUCUUCCACAGUUAAAGAGGCUCGUAAAUGUCGUACCUGACUCGUUUAAAAACUAUUUUUAUAUAUGCAUAAAAAUGUAAAGUUACAAUGAAAUCACCGUGUCGUCCAAAUGCGAAAGUCCAACGAGCAUCCUAGCCUGAUUGUUUCGUCCUUGAAAUACUUGGGUCGAUUGAAAGAUCCGUGGGUCCGUUACCUGAAAAAUGAGAAAUCGCUAAAGAAACGUUGAUCGAGGAAGGAAAUCGUAGGCCAUAGCCUUUAUGUCAUACAUGAAUCUAUGUACUUAGGUAGACCAAUUAUAAAUUUGUAUGCUUCAUUCGCAAUUCGUAACAAAACUACACAGUGAGUGGAAAGUCGGAGACCACGGCCGAGACUUUUCCACCACAAACACACGUAUAUUAUAGCCGGACAUUUUCAUAUUCGUCACAUCGCGCACGUUUCACUUAGAAAUAAAAUAAAAAUAACGCAUAAUCAAAGCUGUAAUUGCGACGACAGACACCAGAAAAUAAAUACAAAAAAUCAA